AUGCGCACCACAUUGUCAUUAUCCCUAGCGGCCUUGAGCCUUAUGGGAUCAGCGACCGCUUUUCCGCAUCCCCAUCAAGACACUGAGACCGUGUUGAGUACCUCGUCAUCCUCGAGUGAUCAAGAAAAAGCCGACGCGGUCAAGGAAGCUUUCCAGCAUGCUUGGAACGGAUAUAUGAAAUAUGCUUUCCCGCAUGAUGAGUUGCACCCGGUAAGCAAUGGAUAUGGUGAUUCAAGAAACGGAUGGGGAGCUUCAGCCGUCGAUGCUCUUUCCACGGCGAUCAUCAUGGGCAAUGCAGACGCAGUCAACACGAUCCUGGACCAUGUCGCCAAAAUCGAUUACACUCAGACUUCGGACCAAGUCAGCUUGUUCGAGACAACCAUUCGAUACCUGGGUGGUAUGCUGUCCGGGUAUGAUUUGUUAACUGGACCAGCAUCUAGCCUAGUUUCAGAUGACCGUGUUGAUACGCUACUCACUCAGUCUAAGAACCUUGGAGAUGUGCUCAAAUUUGCCUUUGACACUCCAUCUGGAGUUCCAUACAACGGACUAAACAUCACAGCGCAAGAAAAUAACGGUGCCACUACGAACGGCCUUGCAGUCACGGGAACCCUAGUCCUAGAAUGGACGCGUCUGUCUGACUUGACAGGCGAUGAGGAGUAUGCCAACAUCAGCCAAAGGGCCGAGUCACACUUGUUGAACCCUCAGCCGUCCAGCGGAGAGCCUUUCCCCGGUCUGGUUGGCAGUACCAUCAGCAUCGCCAAUGGUCAAUUCACCGAUGGUGCGGUGUCGUGGAAUGGCGGUGAUGACUCGUUCUACGAGUACCUGAUUAAAAUGUAUGUGUACGACCCUACGCGCUUUGCGCAAUACAAGGAUCGCUGGGUUCUUGCAGCCGAGUCGACAAUCGAGCACUUGGCGUCACACCCGCAGACCCGACCCGAGUUGACGUUCCUGUCUUCCUACAACAACGGGAACUAUGAUCUAAGCUCGCAGCAUUUGACCUGCUUCGACGGUGGAAGCUUUCUUCUUGGCGGCUCAGUGCUGGGCCGACAGGAUUUCAUUGACUUUGGUCUCGAGCUUGUUCAUGGCUGUGAAGCUACAUACAACUCCACGUUGACCCAAAUCGGACCUGAUUCCUGGGGUUGGGACCCUAGCCGGGUGCCAAGUAACCAGAAGGCUUUCUACAAGAAAGCAGGAUUCUACAUUACCAACGGAUACUAUGUCCUGCGACCGGAGGUUAUUGAAAGCUUCUACUAUGCCUACCGUAUUACUGGCGACGACGUGUACCGUGACUGGGUAUGGAAUGCGUUUGUGGCCAUUAACGCUACCUGCCGCACUGACUCGGGCUUUGCAGCCGUCAGCAAUGUGAAUACUGCAGGUGGUGGCACGAAGGACGACAACCAGGAGAGCUUCCUGUUCGCCGAAGUUAUGAAGUACUCAUACCUUACUCACGCCGAAGAUGCCGAAUGGCAGGUCCAGGCAGGUGACCAGAACGAGUUUGUGUUCAAUACUGAAGCUCAUCCUAUGCGUGUGAAGCGUACCUAA